GACAGCUAGUAAAAAAUAAAUAUCAUAAGUAGGCCUAGUCUGCUUUCACAAGCGAUAAAGGAUAUCAUUAUGCGAUAAAAGGCACUAAGUCAUAGGCAGAUCCAAAAGCUGGGCAUUAGCAUGCACGGCGCAAGCCACCACCUACUUACCAUGAUAUGCGGGCCGCGGCGGGUCACUCGGAGAAUUUAAUUGUGUCCCAUUAUCAUAUUUAGGUUCUUUUACGGUAAGUCAAAAGUGAAAACUAAAUGCCUCGCCAUGUCGCCCGUCAUUCGUCAGUCGCGAUCGAUGGAGACAACUCUUCGUUCCGGUAGAUGGACAACGCGAAAAUGAUCCGAAAUUGCGUGGUGGUUCUGAGUUUGGUGGCGUAUGUUGCCGCGAUUGUCGGCCCGGCUUCGAACGCUACCAAGACGGUUAUAGUCACAAAAGCCGAUACGUACUUAGAUGCCUACUCGAAAUCUCGCGUGGAAGCGGAAAAUGCGAAGAAGAGUGUGGUCAUCAUAACGGCGAAAGAUGGAGAGAAGAAGAUAUCGAAUCGCGACGACAGCUACUCGAGCUACGACUAUUCACCCUCAUAUCCCAGUGACAGUUUCAGCUCGUCAGGAUCUAACAGCUAUCAACCGCCGCACAGUCCACCGGUUAAAUUUGAACCUGAGAUAACUUACAACGCGCCCACAAACACGUAUGGUCCCCCAGCUCAGAGCUACGGCCCACCGGCGCACAGCCACGGCCCCCCGUCGCCGUCAUACGGCCCUCCGUCCGGAUCAUACGGCCCUCCGUCCGGAUCAUACGGCCCCCCGUCCGGAUCAUACGGCCCGCCGUCCGGAUCAUACGGCCCGCCGUCCGGAUCCUACGGCCCGCCGACUUCCUACGGACCACCAGGACCGGUUUAUGGGCCUCCGAAGCCCCUAGCGCCGGUCUACGGGCCGCCUCCCUUCAAACCGUCCUACGGCGUCCCUUACACUGCGCCUAGCUUCAUUGGAGGUUUCCUAGACAAGUUAUCGUUCAAGCUAGAUAUUUUAACGAUCGCGAAAUUGAUGCUCAAGUUCUUGAUAUUCAAGAAGAUAGUGACGAUGCUGGCUGUGGUGUGUAUGUUGCUCGUGAUACCGAAGCUGAUUCAUUUCAAGAAGGAUGAAAAUGCUCCGUCAGGCGAGGACGAGGACCGCAAUUUUGGUGCUAGGAAAAUGGUCGAGUUAACAUCGGCACAAGAACUCCUGGAAAGAGCUCUGCGAGUAUACAGCGACCAAGACAGCCAAUGCGGAAUCCCAUGUAGAGUUGCCAGAGUUCUCGACGACAUAUACGAGUUUCAGCCUUAUGUCAGAGUUCCAAUGGAGGAGUCGUAAGCGAUGUCAAGAGGCGAUGAUCGUGCCAUUACUGUAGUCGUAGCCUGUAGGUACUCCAGUCAUAUUUA